UUCCUCGAUCUCCGCUCCUCCUUAUCACCCCCACCCCUGUCCGAGUUGGUUUUCGAAAUCGCAAAGUCUCCUCCUCGAGUGUCCGAAGCGGCGUCGUUUUGGUCUCUCCCCGUACAGACAUGGCCUUCGUUUCUUCCGCUGGGAGACUCCUUUUCGCCUCCGUCUUCCUUCUCUCCGCUUGGCAAGAGUUCAAUGAAUUUGGUUCGGAUGGGGGAGCUGCAGCUAAGUAUUUGAGACCAAAGCUCGAUGUUUUCUCGAGCCAUCUGUUAGCUCAUACCGGUGUGCAAGUGCCCAAGCAAGUUGAGAUUAAGCAUUUAGUGGCGGCGGCGAUUGUCUUGAAGGGUGUCGGGGGUGUUCUUUUCAUCUUUGGAAGUACUCUUGGAGCUGUUCUGCUGCUUCUGCAUCAGGCCAUUGCAACUCCUAUAUUGUAUGACUUCUACAACUAUGAUGCGGAGAAAAAAGAAUUCAAUCAACUUUUCCUCAAGUUUACCCAGAAUUUGGCCUUGUUUGGGGCUCUGCUCUUUUUCAUAAGCAUGAAGAUAUCAAUGCCAAAGAGACUCAGGAAAAGAGCUCCCAAAGCUAAAACUACAUGAGGAUUGAGGAGGGACCUUAGAUGAUGUGAGGGUUUAGUUUCUGACUUCACCUGACUGUUCGCAAGGAACUAGUUUUGCAUGCCUUUAUCUGUCUGUAUCUGGGUUUUUCUUUUCACAAGUUUUAGGAAAAAAAAAAAAAUAGGGAAAGAAGGCUUAUUGUGUAUUUUGAGGGGCUGAUGUUUUAUGUUCUUUUGAGCCAGUUUGUGAACCUCAGAAAGUUACAGUAUUAAUUAAUAUCAUGCCUUGUUUGAGUUCUUCAAUUAACUAGCCA